AAUCCCUAACAGCAUUGCAGUCUCUAGCUCUAAGAACUAAAGGCUUUGAAGCCAUAGAGAAGGCAUGACAUUAUUCCCGGUGUUGUUGCUCUUGGCUGCUCUACUGCCCCCAUCCCUUCUUCAAGAUGACUGCGAGGACAAUGGUCCUCAGAAUUCGUUAACCACUAGAGAAGUAGAAGUCCAAGAAGAGAUUGUAAACACACACAACCAACUGAGACGAAUGGUUUCUCCACCUGGUAGUGACUUACAAAAAAUGCAAUGGGAUGAUGAUGCCCAAGUGAAUGCUCAGCGAUGGGCAGACAAUUGUGUUUACCAACACAGUCCUAUAUCAUUGAGGACUACUGAAACAAGGUGUGGUGAGAAUUUGUUCAUGUCAAGUUAUCCGGCAUCAUGGUCUGAUGUAAUCCAAAACUGGUACGAUGAAAACGAGCACCUUAACUUUGGUGUAGGUCCAAAGGAACGUGGUGCAGUAGUUGGACAUUAUACUCAGGUUGUUUGGAAUUCAACUAGAAAAAUUGCUUGUGGAUUUGCUGAGUGCCCUGAUCAACCACUGAAAUACUUUUAUGUCUGUCAGUAUUGUCCUCCUGGUAAUUAUGUAAAUAGGCUAUACACCCCGUACACAGAAGGAACCCCAUGUGCCAGUUGUCCUGCGGACUGUGAAGAUGGGCUGUGUGUGCAAUAUGAAGAGUCUUUAUCCUUGUGAAGAUCCAACUGUUAAAGAAAAAUUACAAGGUUCCACACAACUGUGAAGACAAGUUUCAAGUGCACAGGAUCAGGACCCCGUAGAGAAAGACCACAUCCUCUCCUUAUUAUAUUCCACCAGGAAAUUAUAAGCA